CUUUUGUUCUUUUUAGGCAAAAUUUAAUUUGGAAUUCCACAGACAAAAAACAGCUCGUAGUAAAUAAAUAAAAGAGAUUUUGCUUGCUUAGUUUUAUUCUGCGGUGCGAUGAAAUCUCAUGGUCAUUUUGUAAACGGUAAAGGGCGAUGAUACAAGUGUGAAGGACAUACCAAUAUUUCCAUUCCUCAUCAUGGUCACUAUUCUCACUCUGCCUGUGAUCUUCUUGAGCAUUUCGAAUUCUCAGGGCCUCAUAUUCUCAAAAAUUCAAAACAUUUGUACCAAUGAAGAAUAUCUUACGCCAUACGAGUAUCCAAUAACUUGCUGCGAAGGGGUCGCACUAACGCCGGGAAUAUCUUUCGAAAAAUUUUGGACAAGCUGUGCAACUCCGGACGAUUCGGAACAAUAUAUAAAUGAAACUUUGUGGAGAGUUUACAAUUGCAUUGUUCAAAAGCACUUAGAAGAAUCUGGCAAGAAUAAUUUAACGCUCGAGAAUUUUGCCCAUAUUAUGACCAUGCACUAUCCAGCAGAAAAAAGAAUUGCCAUCUUUGACAGAAUCUGCAAAAGCUCUGAAUUGGCAUAUGCUAACGGUGGCAAUCUUGAAGUGUUAAAAGGGAUAAGACGAAAGUAUUAUGAAAUCGAGUUACAAGUGUGCGCAAAAAGUAAUGCGGUCAGUUACGGCAAAAAGAUGAUGGUAUUUCCGUCGUAUGAAAAAUUCUACAUGCGAGGAGGACAAUGUCUCAAUUCUGAAAUUCCAAUUGAUCCAACAUACUAUCCGAGGGCGUCUGAAAAAGAUGUACUUGACACGUGGAAAACACUUCUUGAAAUUGUGAGCGAAAAUGAUAACGACAAAACUAAAGGAUGUGAUAUUCAAAAAGUGUGCGACUUGUACUCUGGUUGGAUUUCAAACGAAAUUGCAACCACGGAUGAAAUAUUUGCGACUCCGGAUUUUCGUAAAAUGUUUAAUCAAAUAAAACCAUCUUGGGCGAAUAAAAAUGUUACGGAAAUACUUCAAAUGAAACUGGAUGAAUAUUGGAUUACUGCAUUCUCCGGCUACAAUACUGCAGAUUUUCGAAUUUUAAGCGGAUCAAUGAAACGAAAAGAGCUAGAAAAUCGUGCAAUCAAAGAAGCUGAAAAGUAUUUUGAUGCCAAGCUAAAAUUUGAAUUUUUUGGUACCCGGGAUGAACCUAAAGCUAAAGCAAUGAUGAUUUCAUGCAUGAUUCCAAACUUUAUGAAAUCUUCCAUGUCAGAGUCUUUCACUUAUUUGUUUUGCCGAAGAUCUUCUUUAAGAAAUUGAGGUAGUCGCCGCAGUCAUCGAUUCCAGAAAUCUAUCAAAAAUGACCCGAUAACAUAAUCAAUUUAUAUGUCGUACUGGAUGCAUAAUAAAUUACUAAUUAUGAAAAUAAAA